AUGAUCUCGACCGCUGCACCUCGUGAGUUUGUCGCUGGUUUGACAACCAAAUUGUCUACCGAAUCACUCCCUCGAUAUUCUGUACGGUACAGUGAUACGGUUGAGUUUGAAGAACUUCUGGUUGGUUUGGAACUGGACGGACCUCUUUUGACCGAGGACCAAAGGGAACUUUUUAAACCCUUGGUCAUCCAUGUAGGCGGUAUUGCAGGGCUUCCGUUGGGAUUCUUUUCAUCGUGGGAUCAAAUGAACCAAACAUGCAAACCGCUCACUCUGCAGUGGCAGUUGGCCGAUUUGAAAAGUUAUCACUCUCGGUGCUAUAGACAGAACGACUCAAUCGACAUGGAUGAAGUGCAGGUCAUUCUGAUGGGCUUGCUUCCGGUUGAGAAAAUUCGAGAACUCUUGCAAUCCCGACCGUUAAUAAUUGACUUGUACGAUCGGGUUCCGGAUUCAAAAUCCACAGCGGAGUCACCAAAGGAUGCAUUUUCUGUUGGCGGUACUUAUGGUACACAACCGGGUGAUGAUAAAUUUGGUUACGUGGAAGCAAAUAUGGAAAAUAUUCAUGAAUCGGACGAACCCAGCACAGCAGAGAAUAAGUUUACUGUAGAUCAAUAUCCGACUGGGCGUGUUGUCGUGCAUCUGAGGGAGAUGCUAGUACUGGAGCAGAAUGUCAUGGACUGCACCUACAGCGUAACUCCGCUGAGUGAGACAACACUUGAUUUACAAACGGCCAUGCGUACCACUUCCGAAAAUCCGAGAAAAGUGAAACGACAAUAUGUGGGAUAUUUGGAUGCAGGAUGUAGUAUGAGUGUGCGGAUUGAAUUGAGUGGAAAUCUGAAUCAGUUAAAAACUCAAGAAGAAUCCCCUUCGCUCGGACUAAAACGUUUUGUGUUUGUUGUACGAAUGUGUGACACAGAUCCGGGUAUUCAACGAUUCCAUUUAAACGACCGGGAGUUUGACUUCAUCAUUCUGGAAGCUCCAGAUUCUCAGCUUGCAAGAAAACUCGAAGGGCUGAUAGAAGAACACAUGAAACAUGGGAAAGAUGUUUUCGGCCAGUAUAUUCGGAUUUUAUACAACAGCGAACUGAGCUUUACCGAACAUUUAUAUUGGCAUUUGGACUGGGCCUUGUCACCCAUUCAACUUAUGGUCCCAAUGAACGAACUCAUCCGACAACCGUUGUUUCACGUCCGUGAUUUGGUCCCUCGACUUGCGUACUGUGCCAUUGAACGAUUGCAGACGAUUCGAAACACUUGUCAGACACUGGUUGAUGUAGCCCAGGCUGAUUUAUUUCCCACUAUGGCCAUGCUUGAAGCAAUCAGAGGUGAAUUUGCCAUCCCUACAGCACUGGUCUCAAAUGCUUGCUCCCGUGGGAGUACAGCAAGUCGUAGAGUACCGAUAAAACAAAGCACCGACUCUGCACCAACUGAUCGUGUUGAGGUGACCCUACCAGCGGCACAUAAGGAAACCACACUAAAGCGACCCUGGACUAACUACAUCGGUCGACAACCGAUAUUUUCUCGAAACCGAACCUGUUUCAGCUCUAUUACCAGAUUGUUCCGUUCAACUACUGAAAUGAGCAAUGCGACAUUUUCAUAUAGUAUACAGAAGUUGAAUGCGACCGAACUGGCAAAAUCAGAACUUCAGACUACAUUACUCAGUCCGCGCAAGCGGUACACUUAUUCGCAAUUUUAUCUCCGCUCCGGAGAAUUUGCUGCCGCAGUAGACCCAUUGGACUGGCCGAGCACUUUGCGUCGAGUUGGGUCGGACACUCGAAACCGAAAUUUGCGUUCACAAGAACGGAAACCGAAAUGGGAUGCUUAUCCACCAAAAGUCGGGCACGCGCAAGAACGAGUUCAUUUCAAAGCACGUAUACAAAAGAAACUAAAUCAAGGUCUGUUACCUACACCGGAUCUACGCAUUUGA